GUCACUACAGUCGAACACAGAGUUCUGCCAGUGCAGGAAUGUAGCUACUAGCUAACCACUUUCUUCAAUUCGCCAUUAAAAGACGGUGAUUUCAAACGAAAAACAGCAGCCACGGGAACCAUGUCACACCAUAAUGCGGUGAACGGAUGCAAACUGGUCGCUGUGCUUCUUCUUUGGCUUGGUGCCUCUGCUGGAGACAAACACACAGGUCGUGCUCAUGCUGCAGAGCACCAGCAGCACACGGCACACAGCUCUGUUGGAUUGGACAAGGUGGUGUUAGUGAUCCAGAGUCAGAGGAACUCCUUCCACGCCCGCCGAGGCGGUCAGAGAAAGGUGGAAGUUCUGAAGCAGGCAGCUGAGCUGGGACAGGGAGUACCAGUUGUUCUUCUUCUCCAUGAGCUGUCAGAGUAUGAAGGGGAUUGGAGUAUCCUCCCUGUGCUUCCUUAUCUGUCUGCCAAUUAUGGCCAGUCGGCAUCCUGGUUUUUCUUCAUAGAGGAGGAAACCAGCGUCGCAUUGCCUGCUCUGCUGCAGGUCCUCCACAGAUAUCAAGUCCAAGAGGAAUGGUUUUUGGGUAAGCGUCUCCAAGACAACGAGGCCUCCAUUAUCCACCACUAUGCGUUCUCUGAAGACCCCAGUUCCUUUAGUUAUCCUGAUCCUGCGGCAGGCUGGGCUCUCAGCACGCCACUGCUCCAGAGACUCACUAAGCGGCUCCAACACGAGCAUCCAAAGUCCGAUUUUACCAUCGACCUGAAACAUGAGAUUGCGUUGUAUAUUUGGGAGGACGGAAAUGGACCAAAACUGACAGCAGUUCCAGAGUUUUGUAAAGAGACGAGAGACAACUGUGCUACGACAUUUGCAUCCUACCUGCCCAACUGUGGAGAUCCGGUGUCGAAGAAUGAUGUAUUUGUUGCCGUGAAAACUUGCCAAAAAUUCCACUCAGAGCGAGUACCAAUUGUGAAGGCAACCUGGGAGAAAGACGCUGGGUUUUUAGAGUAUUACAGCGAUGUCACUGAUGCCUCCAUACCCACAAUCAGUCUGGGAGUGCCCAACACUGAGAGAGGGCAUUGUGGAAAGACAUUUGCCAUCUUAAGGCAAUUCUUGAGCAAAGCUGUGCCAAAGGCUGAUUGGCUACUCAUUGUUGAUGAUGAUACACUCAUCAGUUUACCCAGGUUGCGGCGACUGCUGCGUUGCUAUGACCCAAAGGAAGCAGUGAGCCUGGGGGAGAGAUACGGCUACAGCUUGCUUCAGAACGGAUACAGCUACACCACAGGAGGAGGAGGGAUGGUGUUCAGUCGGGUAGCGGUGUCCAGGCUAGUUUCCAGUGGUUGUCGCUGCUACAGUGAUGAUGCUCCAGAUGACAUGGUGCUGGGCAGGUGCAUCACUUCCCUGGGUGUUCCCAUCACACACAGUCCACUGUUCCACCAGGCCCGACCGUAUGACUACUCUGAGACAUUGGAGCAAGCCAUCUCCUUCCACAAGCACUGGAACAUAGAUCCUGUGGUCGUCUACAAACACUGGCUGCAGGACACCCACCCACGAGAUGAACUGUAGAAAGACCAUAGACGAUAUAUAGAAUGGACCAACAGAUCCCGUUGCUCUGGACGGAGACCAGUGAAGGAUAUUAGAAGCACUUUCCCAGUGAGC